AUGUCCAAAUCCUGCUGUUCCUCUUGCAGCCAGUCUUCCUGCUGCAGGUCCACCUGCAGUAAAUCAACUAGUGUGUCAUGCUGCUGCCAGCCCUCCUGCCAGCCAAGCUGCUGUGAAACUACCUGUUGCAAAGCUACCUGCUGUAAGCCAACAUGUGAAGCCAGCUGCAGCUGUACACCCAGCUGCUGUAAAACCAGCAGCUACAAGAGCACCUGCUGCAAGCCAACCUGUGUAACCAGCUGCAGCUGCACACCCAGCUGCUGUGAAACCAGCAGCUGCAAGAGCACCUGCUGCAAGCCAACCUGUGUAACCAGCUGCAGCUGCACACCCAGCUGCUGUGAAACCAGCAGCUGCAAGAGCAUCUGCUGCAAGCCAACCUGUGUAACCAGCUGCAGCUGCACACCCAGCUGCUGUGAAACCAGCUGCUGCAAGAGCACCUGCUGCAAGCCAAUCUGUGUAACCAGCUGCAGCUGCACACCCAGCUGCUGUGAAACCAGCUGCUGCAAGAGCACCUGCUGCAAGCCAACCUGUGUAACCAGCUGCAGCUGCACACCCAGCUGCUGUGAAACCAGCUGCUGCAAGAGCACCUGCUGUAAUCCAACCUGUGUAACCAGCUGCAGCUGCACACCCAGCUGCUGUAAAACCAGCUGCUGCAAGAGCACCUGCUGCAAGCCAACCUGUGUAACCAGCUGCAACUGCACACCCAGCUGCUGUAAAACCAGCUGCUGCAAGAGCACCUGCUGUAAUCCAACCUGUGUAACCAGCUGCAGCUGCACACCCAGCUGCUGUGAAACCAGCUGCUGCAAGAGCACCUGCUGCAAGCCAACCUGUGUAACCACCUGCAACUGCACACCCAGCUGCUGUACAACCAGCUGCUGCGACAGCACCUGCUGUAAUCCAACCUGUGUAACCAGCUGCAGCUGCACACCCAGCUGCUGUAAAACCAGCUGCUGCAAGAGCACCUGCUGUAAGCCAACCUGUGUAACCAGCUGCAGCUGCACGCCCAGCUGCUGUAAAACCAGCUGCUGCAAGAGCACCUGCUGUAAGCCAACCUGUGUAACCAGCUGCUGCACACCCACCUGCUGUAAAACCACCUGUUGCAAGACCACCUGCUGCAAGCCAACCUAUGUAAGCAGCUGCUGCUGUACACCCAACUGCUGUAAAACCACCUGCUGCAAGAGCACCUGCUGUAAUCCAACCUGUGUAAGCAGCUGCUGCUGUACACCCAGCUGCUGUAAAACCACCUGCUGCAAGACCACCAACUGUAAGCCCAGCUGCUGCCAGCCCAGCUGCUGUAAAACUACCUGCUGCAAGACCAUUUGCUGUAAGCCACCCUAUGGGACAUUCUGUUGCAAGCCAAGCUGUUGUAAAACAACAUGCUGCAAGACCACCUGCUGUAAACCAUCCUGUGUGACCAGCUGCUGCUGUCCACCCUGCUGCCAGCCCAGCUGCUGUGAAAUCACCUGCUGCAAGACCAUCUGCUGUAAGCCAACCUGUGUGACCAGCUGCUGCUGUCCACCUUGCUGCCAACCCAGCUGUUGUAAAGUCUGCUACUGCCAGCCCUGCUGCUGCUACACUGGAAUGUCUUUCCUUAGUAGGGAUGAGAGCUUUCCCAUAGCUGCAUAG